AUGGCUCUCCCGAUAACAAGUUGCAGCUACACCGGCGUCGCGUGGACUUGGUCGAAACGGAUCCAGGCUAGAGACAUCCGCCUAGUCACACGAUGGCCAAGUUUCCAAUACCAGAACUCCGAUCGUGAAAAGACUCCGUCUCGAAUACAAUAUCAAGAGGACGGGACCCAAAGAUGGGGGUACGAUGUUCGUCCUCAUGCGGAGUCUGUGCAGUGGUUCAAGCUCCUCCUGCUUGACCCGAAAGAUAUUCCGGAUCACUUGAAAGCUUCUACUCACUUGGAGGAGGCAAGGGCGCUCCUCUCCCAGCUGGGUAAAACUCCGACUGAUGUUGUGGCGGACUACUUGCGCAGCGUUUGGGCGCAUGUGCAGGAGAUGGCGACGAAAGAGUUUGGCAAAGCCAUCUUUAGAUUGACCCCUUUUCACGUUGUCAUCUCUGUGCCGGCGAUAUGGAAAGAUGCUGCAAGAGAUAGAAUGGCAGACGCGGUUCGUAUGGCUGGAAUACUUGAACCUCGAGACUGCGGGCACACAGAGCUGUCUUUCGUCACCGAACCCGAAGCAGCAGCUACUGCCACUCUUUUGGAUUUGGAGGACAGGCCAGAUAUUCAGGCCGGUGAUACCAUCACGAUUGUUGAUGCCGGAGGAGGCACAGUAGAUCUCAUCAGUUAUGUGAUCGAACAAACCGAUCCGUUGACAGUCAGCGAAGCCGUUGAAGGCACAGGGGGACUAUGUGGUGCUAUUUUCCUCGACGAGGAGUUCGAAAACAUCUUGAAACCAAGAAUUAACGCUCUCAGCAAAGAUCUUUGGGACUUUAUUCCAAGAGAUGAGAUCGACAAGAUGAUUCAAGACAAUUGGGAAAACGGCAUCAAGCAAGAGUUCGUGUCAGAAACAAGGGACUGGACGAUAUCUCUGUCUGCAACAUGCAUUCAAAGAACUCAGGAGACCAUGAUCAAGAUCGAAGGGAGCCUAGUAAAGCAGGCUUUCGAAGGGAUUAUCUCCAAAAUCGAAUCUCUUGUUGAUGAUCAAGUUCUCGCCCUGGAAAAAGCCACAGGGAAAGCACCGAGGAGCGAGGUUCUUCAGGCCAGCGGGCCUGCGCCAUGGACGGCCAUUUGCCGAGGUGUCGUCAUGAGGACUUUGAAUCGGAUGCAGAUCGGCACAAGAAUAUCACGGGCUCAUUACGGCAACAAAUGUACGCUCAAAUGGUCGGAUGCUCAUGAACUUGACAAGGACUUCCAAGAGGAUAAAUACUACUGCAGACUCGCGGCUCAGUGGAGAGUAAAUAACCAGGUGGAGUGGUUUCUUGGAAAGGGUGAGAAAACUUCGGAGAAGAGCCCACAGCGACUGGAGUAUUAUCGACUUUACCAAGACGAGGAACCAUGCAGCUACCCAGAUGUGUCAUUAUCGCUGGUUACCUGCGAAGAAGUAAUCGCCCCUGUGCGCGCAAAGGACCCCGUGGUCCGAGAUAUGCGCACGAUCACGUUUCAAUCACCGAUUCCUUUCCAGCAGUUACCAUGCAGCGUCAACAAGAAUGGAAAUAAGAUCAGGAAGUUCUCCUAUGACUGCCUGGUGAGCUGCAGUGGAGCAUCGGUAAACAUCGAGAUUGAGGCCGCCGGACAAACGCUGCAGAAGACGAGUUUCGACGUCAAACUGGAGGAGGCUCCUGAGUCUGAAAUGAAUCGUGCCUCCUUGGCAUCCGAGGAAAGUUCAGAGGGCUUGGAUCACUUCAAAAGUCUCAGAGAAAAGCGAGUCGAUGUAACGAAGAACAAGACAACAAGCAGGCGGUCUCAAGGUGCAUGGAGGAGGGACGAAAUCCGCACGUCUUCGCCGUUGACAGCGAUCGAGAGCUUCACAAGACACUUACAGGGUACAAGCCUGGAUGUCUCAGCUCCCAGCAACGAGCAAGAGGAAUCCAAAUUUAUAUGGCUAGAAGUUCCUAGAGCCGAUCGCGAUCGGAAUGUUGAUCUAAUGAUUUCGACCACGACCAUGGCCGCGUCGGAAUAUGUUGGCCGCAAAGACAUACAGAAGAUCAUCAUUACCGCCGUCAAUGAGCUUUUGGACACUUCGAAAAAGGAUAUAACAAAGAUCUUGCUUCUGGAUAAUUUGAAGGAAAGAGAGCAAGUUGGGCAGCUUUAUCUGGACGCCAACGUGACUUUCAUAACCUUAGAUGGGAAACAUACGAAUAUGGUUCACGUCGUUAAACUUUUCGUCAUUGAUAUGGAUUCGAAUCAAAUCACGCAAGAGACGCAAGUUAAUCUGGACAACGAGUGGGCUAAAAUUGAAAUCGACGGUGGUUCGAAGUAG